UUCCGUCUUGAUUGAGUGUUGAGAACAAAAUGCGACAUUUCUGGUGAAGGUUGCAACAAUCUAUUUUAUCAACGGAAAUUCCAACCUCAGUACAUAUGUAACGUAAUUGUCACCGGAGUAGAGAGAUUUUUCGUUUCGUUUAUGAUAGGAUUGGACAGGUGAGCGAUGUCGCAGGCCGGGGAAGAGCGCCUCCAGCCGGCCGAAAUCACCGUAAUCGUAUCGUCAGCCAGUGGCUUACCAACUGGGAAAAGUGGUCGAUGUAGAGCCUCUGUAAUAUUCGGUGUGGGCAAGACCAAGUUUCGCACUCAACAAAUCGACAACGCUAACCCAGUGUGGAAUGAGAGAUCUAUUGUGCCAGUGAGUGAGACAGACUCCAGUCCACUUGUAUUCACAGUGACCAGAAAGGAGCGUCCCCUCGGCGAGGUCUCAAUACCCCUGGCAAAGGUUCCGCUGAAGUGCACCAAGCCGACCACCAUAACGCUGGCAGCAUGUCGCGACUGUCCUUCACCAACGGGUCAACUGUCGUACGAGUGCUGGGUCACCAAGCAUUACCCGGGCAAAUCACCGUCUCUUCUCGGUGCGAGCAACAACAAUCUUGGUGACGGCAUGGGCAAUGUCGGCGAGAUCAAGCGCAGCAAAUCCAUGAAGAACCGCGUUGGCUCUUCGCUGCGUAGCAGUCUGCGGCGCGGCAGUGAGGGGCAGAAGACUCUCGAUCCAAAUGGGCUGAGGUCAGCGGGCAAGACUUCACCCACAUUGGCAUCAUCGGCUGAGGAUGUUACACGUCAGCCUGCACGCCUUCAGGGUGAGGUGGCAGCCAGUUCGUCCGUGCCCUGUACUCCAGAAGUGCCCAAAUCCUUGCUAUCACCCAAUGGCACGCCGGUAGAGACGAGAACGCCUCCCAAGCGACGCUUCAGCUUUGUCAGGAGCGACGAUCCAAAGAGCGCCGGUACCACCAGUCCUCAAGGCAUGGCAAAAUCCCAGUCCUCCACCGCCGUACCCCUUAAAGAAGCCGAGCCGACACCAAAAGUAACCGGCAUUAGCCCCAGAGACGGGAGUAAAGUCGGUGGGACAGUAUUAACAGUACGUGGUGAGAACCUGGGCACAUCGGCGGAUGACAUCGAGGCCGUGACGGUGUGUGGUGUGCCCUGCAAUCUCGAAGACCUGGAUUACGUGUCGGCCAGGAAGCUAGUCUGCAAGACACCGCCGGGAUCGGUGGGUAGUGGCCCAGUGGAGGUACAAACUAAAUCUCAAGGCAAGGGCUCGUCAACGGUCACCUUCACCUACUGGGAUCCAUCAGUGCAACCAGAGGAGCGCAUGCCUGUUCUCCCAGACCCUGAGCCUGUACGCACGGCGUCGCUGAGUCCAAGCACUGCUGAUGGCAUCGCUGAUGCCGCUGCAAAAGCUGUGUCGGGCAAGAAGAAGAAAUUUGGUCAAAGCACCUCUAAGACAUCUAUUAGAGAAGACACCCAUAUUGCUGCUCUGGAGGAGAAAGACGAGGCAAUCCGACAGCUUUCUGAGCGCGUAACGCAGCUUGAGUUUGAGAACAGUCGACUGAAUAUUUACAUUGAGAAGAUCAUGGCCAGGGCAAUGGAAAAGUGUCCGGAGCUUUUGUCAACGUGAUUAUGCAUCAGCCUAAGUCAGCCUUAACCGUUGUGCUGAUAUGACGACGGUGGUACACGUGUACACCAUUGCAUGUGUGUGUGUGUGUGUGUGUGUGCAUAAACACGCGUGCACCUGUGUGCACCGUUGCAUGUGCGUGUGUGUGUGCGUUCACACGCGUGCGCCCGUGUGCAUGUCAACAACCUCGGCCAUCUAACCGGAUAGGACAUGUGUGCGGUUUGCCGGCAGUUCAACCACCGUGAAAGCGAUCAUUCUGUUCUGCCGUGCCCCCAAGUAAACGAAUUGCUCAUUGUGCACAGUGGCCAACCAAAUGCACGCGUUGGUGAUCCGUUCUCGACACUCCGUUCAACGUCACACCAUCUCGGCCGACCACUCUUGUGUCUCUGGGAGAUGAGUGUGUGACUUGGCUUGCUUGCACGGUGGAAGCAGGGACAGGAAUGGCGUCUACCAAAGCUAUUGUCGUGUUCGUUGCUUCUAAGUGCUGCGGCUGCCAACCGGAAUGCACAAUUAUCCGAUUUGCUGGUGAUAACUGUGCCGGGUAUAUCUGGUAAUAUUUAUAAUUUUCGGAUUACUUUUCAGCCGUCGUCUAUUGCUACUGAUGCUGAGGCUGGUUCGUGAAACAGACCACGACCACCAACACCUCCCUGUGUGUGUGUGUGUGCGUGCGCGCGUGUGUGUGGCCACUGCUACACAGCAGCCCCCCCCCC